AUGGCCGUCUCGGACCAAGAGAUCGACCAGCUCUACGCAGAGCGGUAUCGGCUGGACCAGCUGUUCCAGAACAGUCCUGAGUUCCAGGACAGCCUUGAGAACAGCAGCGUAGCCGAGUCUCAGUCUGGGAUGUCCCACAAGUCCCACAGGUCGAGGCGGUCCCACGAGCGCGCCGCCGCCCGCCGCCGCUCCUCGGACGCCGCCAGGAGGGACGCCGCCAAGGAGUCCUCACACCGCAGGAGCGACGCCAAGGAGCCCCGCCCGAGCCAGGGCAGCUCCCCCAGCCGCUGGCCGCAGCUCGGAGGAUCGCCGCGCCCUAGCCCCAGCACGCCCCGGAGCGACCCGUCCCCGGCGCGGCGCCCCCAGCACUCGCAGCCCGGCUUCUCGUACAUCUACCCGAACGCCGACGGCGUGGCCGCCAUCGAGAAGAAGCCGAUCCGCCGGUACUCGUUCCUGGGCCAGCCGGGCGCCGGCUCCACCAAGGACGCGCUGCCCUUCAAGGGCAAACUCGAGUACUUCGACCGCAUCUCGCGCGGCUCGACGCCCGAGCCCGUGCUGGCGCCCUUCCUGCAGGGACAGCGCAAGCACGGCUCGCCGCACAGGGGCAGCACGCCCAGCAGCCCGCACGACGCCAGGCUCCUGCAGCCGGCGGACAGGGCCUCGCCGCGCCCGGACCUCGCCAGGAGGCCCUCCCUCCUGCGGAUCCAGAGCAGGCCGCCCGAGAGCCACUCGUCGGGCCACACGCACGACCCCCAGGGCGCGGACGACCAGCCGUCGCCGCGUCCGAAGCCGGCGCGCCCGCCGCCGCCGCCGCAGAUUCUGUUCGAGGACAAACUGUCGAAGAGGCGGAGUCCGGACGCGGCGAAGGGCGCGCCGAGGGAGGACGGCCCGCCGCCCGUGCACCGCCGCGGCUCCCUCCUCCACGACGCCCGGGCCUCCCCCUCGCCCGCCUCCACGCCCGUGUCCGCCAAGGACCCGCGGGCGCCGCAGGAGAGGCGGCCGGACGACCACGGCAGCUCGGCGUGA